UUCCCAAGUCCAACCUUCCAAACCAUUCCAUCUCAACUUUCCCAUUUCUAACUUAAAUAAAAAACAAUAAAAAUAACUACAUAACCUAUUUUUCUUCUUUCCUCUCCUCCUCAUUUCACAUACUGAAAACCAAACCCUAACAAAUUCACAGUAUCAUCGUUAGAAAGAGCGAUGGUGAAGGUUCGUAUGAACACCGCCGAUGUGGCCGCCGAAGUCAAAUGUCUCCGACGGUUAAUCGGAAUGCGAUGCUCCAAUGUCUAUGAUCUCACUCCCAAGACGUACGUUUUCAAGCUAAUGAACAGCAGUGGAGUGUCGGAAUCCGGUGAGAGCGAGAAGGUUUUGCUACUCAUGGAAAGUGGUGUUAGAUUGCACACCACUGUGUAUAUGCGUGACAAAAGCAAUACACCUUCUGGUUUUACACUUAAAUUGAGGAAACAUAUUCGAACUAGAAGGCUUGAGGAUGUGCGGCAACUUGGGUACGAUCGGAUUGUUCUUUUUCAAUUUGGACUUGGGGAGAAUGCAAACUAUGUUAUAUUAGAGCUAUAUGCUCAAGGCAACAUCAUCCUCACAGAUUCUAGUUUCACUGUCAUGACUCUGCUUCGGUCUCACAGGGAUGAUGAUAAGGGGUUUGCAAUCAUGUCGCGACAUCGUUAUCCUAUGGAAAGUUGUAGAAUUUUUGAACGAACUACAACAACAAAGCUGCAGACAGCCCUAAUGUCUUCAAAAGAAGGGGACGAUGAUGAGACUGUUAAGCCCAAUGGAAAUGGAACUGAUGUUUCUAAUGUAGAGAGAGAGAAGCAGGGAUCCCGAAAAGGUGGGAAGUCACAGUCCACUUUAAAAAUUGUUCUUGGGGAGGCACUUGGUUAUGGACCUGCUCUUUCUGAACAUAUGAUAUUAGAUGCUGGUUUGGUUCCCAGUGAAAAAGUGCCCAAAGAUAAAACUUGGGAUGAUGCCACUGUUCAGGCUUUGGUUCAAGCUGUUGCAAAGUUUGAAGAUUGGAUGCAGGAUAUCAUUUUAGGUGAACUAGUUCCUGAAGGAUAUAUCUUGAUGCAAAACAAAAAUUUGGGGAAGGAUUCUUCUAUAUCGCAACCAGAAAGUGUUAAACAGAUCUAUGAUGAGUUCUGCCCCAUUUUACUCAACCAGUUUAAAUCAAGGGAUCAUACAAAGUUUGAGACAUUUGACUUAGCUUUGGAUGAAUUCUACAGCAAAAUUGAGAGUCAAAGGUCUGAACAACAGCACAAGGCCAAAGAAAACUCCGCUCUUCAGAAACUUAGUAAGAUCCGCAACGAUCAGGAAAAUCGAGUGCACACUUUGAGGAAAGAAGCUGAUCACUGUAUUAAAAUGGCAGAAUUGAUAGAAUAUAACUUAGAAGAUGUGGAUGCUGCUAUAUUAGCUGUUCGUGUAUCUCUUGCGAAGGGUAUGAGUUGGGAUGACCUUGCUCGGAUGGUGAAGGAAGAAAAGAAAGCUGGGAAUCCAGUAGCUGGUCUUAUUGACAAGCUCCAUCUGGAAAGGAAUUGCAUGACUAUACUGUUAAGCAACAAUCUUGAUGAAAUGGAUGAUGAUGAGAAGACACUCCCUGCUGAUAAGGUUGAAGUUGAUUUAGCUCUCUCAGCACAUGCCAAUGCUCGGAGGUGGUAUGAACAGAAGAAAAAACAGGAGAGCAAACAGGAGAAGACUAUAACUGCCCACGAGAAGGCUUUUAAAGCUGCAGAGAGAAAGACUCGCCUACAGCUUAGUCAGGAAAAAACUGUUGCCUCAAUUUCGCAUAUGCGCAAAGUUCACUGGUUUGAGAAAUUUAAUUGGUUCAUUAGCAGUGAGAAUUAUUUGAUUAUCAGUGGACGUGAUGCCCAGCAAAAUGAGAUGAUAGUGAAGCGCUAUAUGUCAAAAGGAGAUCUGUAUGUGCAUGCUGAACUGCAUGGAGCUUCUAGUACAGUUAUCAAGAAUCACAAACCUUUGCAGCCAGUUCCGCCACUGACCCUAAACCAAGCAGGAUGUUUCACAGUCUGCCAUAGCCAGGCAUGGGAUUCCAAAAUGGUUACCAGUGCCUGGUGGGUUUAUCCUCAUCAGGUUAGUAAAACUGCUCCUACUGGGGAAUAUCUGACAGUUGGGAGUUUCAUGAUACGGGGUAAGAAAAAUUUUCUUCCGCCACACCCUCUUAUCAUGGGUUUUGGCCUGCUAUUUCGCUUGGAUGAGAGUUCUUUGGGAUCACAUUUAAAUGAAAGGAGAGUAAGAGGAGAAGAGGAAACAAUAGAUGAUUAUGUUGAAACUGGCCCUGUUGAAGAACAAUCUGAUUCAGAGUCUGAGAAGGAUGUUACUGAUGGAAAAUCUGCUGCAGACUUGGAAAGGAAUGAUAAUCUAUCUGCAGGUUCACUCGUUCCCCCAACAGAAGACUUUCUUAAAGACUCGUCUCAAAAUAGUUUGCCUACAACAAUUAAUGCCAAAACUGAUGCCUCAGAUGAUUUCUCUGCCAAAGAUACACGUACAACGAAUAUUCUUGAUAGUAAGAAGUUGUCUGACAUUGGUGGAAAUGGCAUAGCAUCGGUCUCCCCUCAACUUGAGGAACUUAUUGAUCGAGCUCUGGGCCUUGGAUCUGUUGCCAAAUCAAAUAAAAGUUAUGGAGCUGAGAACACUCAGGUUGAUAUAAGCAGUGAGCACUUUAUUGAACCGAGCAAACCUGCAGUAAGGGAUAAACCAUAUAUAUCGAAAGCUGAGAGAAGAAAGCUUAAAAAUGAACCGAAACAUGGAGAAGCAUAUCCAAGUGUUGAACAGGGAAAGGACAAAUUAAAAAUAAAAGACACUUCUGGUAAUCUGCAUACAAAAGAUGCUCAAAAUUUGAAAACAAGUGUUGAACAUGGAAAGGACGAAGUAAAAAUAAAAGACAUUUCUGGUAAUCUGCAUGCAAAAGAUGCUCAAAAUUUGAAGACAGGAGGUGGUAAAAAAACCAGCCGUGGACAGAAGGGAAAACUUAAGAAGAUAAAGGAGAAGUAUGCUGACCAAGACGAGGAAGAAAGGAAGAUCCGAAUGACAUUAUUGGCUUCUUCUGGAAAACCAAUCAAGAAGGAAGAGACAUCAUCUGGAAAUGAAGCAUUGGAUAAAGGGAAAAAGUCUGACAGUGGUCCUAUAGACGCUCCAAAAAUAUGCUACAAGUGUAAGAAGUUAGGUCAUUUAUCUCGGGAUUGUAAGGAGCAAUCAAAUGAUCUGUUGCACAGUCAUGCACCCAAUGAAGCUGAAGAAAAUCCCAACACGAGUGCUUCAAACACUUCCUUAGAAGAUAGAGUGGCAAUGGAUGAAGAUGAUAUUAAUGAAAUAGGAGAAGAAGAGAAAGAAAAACUAAAUGACGUGGAUUACUUGACAGGGAAUCCACUCCCGAAUGACAUUCUCUUAUAUGCUGUUCCAGUAUGUGGUCCAUACAAUGCAGUUCAGUCUUACAAGUACCGAGUGAAGAUAAUUCCUGGACCUGUGAAGAAAGGGAAAGCUGCAAAAACUGCAAUGAACUUAUUCAGCCACAUAUCAGAAGCAACAAAUCGGGAGAAGGAGUUAAUGAAAGCCUGUACCGAUCCCGAAUUGGUUGCUUCAAUUGUUGGUAAUGUGAAGAUAACUGCAGCUGGACUUACUCAGUUAAAGCAAAAACAAAAGAAAGGAAAGAAGAGUGCCAAACAAGGAAGUUAGCCAUGCCAACCUUUUGCGGGAUUUACUUGUUGGAAUAUGUUUCUUGUUUUUGUUUGUUUUGUUUUUUAGAGCUCACAAAUUUGUAUGUUGUAUAUCUUUCCAAGUUUCAACACUGUAGAGAAGUAGGUUUUCCCCUGUAUAUCUCUGCUGGAUAAGUAGUAGAUAGGUAACAGUCCUAAAUUACAUGAAAAUAACAGUGAUAAAUAACUGAUUAGGCUCGGGCUUCUUUGAUUCAAAAAGCCAAUUGAUUCCUAAGCCAAAACUUAUUCUGUCAAUGUUAAUUGUAUAAUUUAUACAAGGAA